CAAGACUGGGAAUCUAACAUUUGAAUUCUCCCUUAUAGACUGACGCAUACAAUCCUGCACCCUCUCUCUCUCUCUUUCUCUCUCACACGCUCACACACACACACAACCUCAGACAUCGGCUCAUUUAAAUUUUGUCAUUCUAUACAAAUUCAUAUGUUUGUACAUACGAUGUUUCAUUGGGAAUAAAUGGAUGCAUGAGUACAUAGCUAGAGAGUUGUGAUAGCGAUUGGUGGGAGCAUCAACCUCACGCACAUCAAGAAAACCUUGCAGAAGUUGAACUCUUGGCUGAAACAACGUUUUGAACUAGUUUGUUAACUGUCUUUUAUGAGGUGGGCUUGGAGAAAUUCAAUCAAUUCAAUCGUCUCCACCUCGCUCCUCUCUGCUCCAAUGAUUUCAUUCCUCUUAAGGGAUCAUUCUAUGUACUGAUUUGGGGAGUGAAGAAAGAUGAACACGAAAGCCCGGAGGAGUUUGCAGUCUAUGAAGGCUCUUGUGAAGCAUGAAAAGAGAACAUAGUGGAAAUACAGAGUAGCUGGAUAAUGGAUGCUGAGAAACCAAGUACGAGCCGUCGAGGCUCAGUUAGAGAAAGAAAGAUGGCAUUGCAACAAGAUGUUGAUAAGCUGAAGAAGAGACUCAGACAUGAGGAAAAUGUUCAUAGAGCUUUGGAAAGAGCCUUUACUAGACCGUUGGGAUCUCUUCCUCGUUUACCACCUUAUCUCCCCCCUCAUACAUUAGAGCUUCUAGCUGAAGUAGCUGUUCUGGAAGAAGAAGUCGUUCGGCUUGAAGAAAAGGUGGUGCAUUUCAGGCAAGGAUUAUAUCAAGAAGCUGUCUACAUUUCGUCCUCCAAGAAAAACAUGGAUAAUUCAGCUGAUUUAUGUGACCCUGUUCAGAUAAAAUAUCUGAAGACAAAGCAAUCCGAUUCGUCGCUUCAUACUGAGGCAAAUUCUCCAACGAUCGUAUUGAAAACUUUACCUUCUCUUUCAGAUGAAAGGAGAGGAAAAGAGAACCAGUCAAGCACCAAUUCACUAAAGAACAAGAGAUUGCUCAACUCAAAAGUACAACCAAUGAGAACUCGAGUUAAAAAGUCGCCCAUUGGAUGCACAUCAGGCAAGAGGCACUCAGAUCCUCAGAUAUCGCAGUUGGAAAGCCAAGUGAUGGACCAUGAGACUUCAGAAGAGAAGAUUCCUGUAAAGCGGGACGCAAUAUCACCAAUAGAUGACAGUCCGAACAAAAUUUCUGAGAGUAUUCUGAAAUGCUUAAUGAAAAUAUUUUUGAGAAUGAGUUCCAAGAAGAAUAGCACUAUCACUGAAACAUUACCUGCAGUGCCUGUGCUACAUUCUUUAGAAAGCUUAGCAUAUGCAGAGUGUAAUGAUCCUUACGAUUUGUGUUCAAAGUUUGGGAAGAGAGAAAUUGGUCCAUACAAGCAUUUAGUUUCCAUUGAAGCUUCUUCCAUCAACCCGAACCGAACAGCAAUAUCCGUCUUCCUGGUUCAGAGACUAAAGCUUCUGCUCCAGAGACUUGCAACAGUUGAUUUGAAGGGCCUAAGCCAUCAAGAAAAGCUUGCCUUUUGGAUUAACAUCUACAAUUCAUGCAUGAUGAAUGCAUUUAUUGCGUAUGGCAUUCCAGAUAGCCCUGAAAUGGUAGUUGAACUGAUGCAGAAGGCAACAGUAAAUGUUGGCGGACACAUUCUCAAUGCAAUAACCAUCGAGCAUUUCAUAUUGAGAUUGCCUUAUCACUCACAAUAUACUUUCUCGAAAGGUACAAAAUACGAUACACGUGGAAUGCUUGGUCUGGAAAUAUCUGAACCGUUGGUAACAUUUGCUCUGUCUUGUGGAAGCUGGUCCUCCCCUGCUGUGCGAGUUUACACCGCAUGUCAAGUUGAAAACGAGCUGGAAACGGCUAAAAGAGACUACUUACAAGCAGCAGUUGGCAUUUCAAACGCUAACAAAGUUAUAGCAAUACCGAAAUUACUGGAUUGGUAUCUCCUAGACUUUGCUAAGGACUUGGAGUCGUUGCUGGAUUGGAUAUGCCUUCAACUACCAUCCGAACUUGGAAAAGAAGCAAUGAAAUGCAUCGAGAACAUGGAAGAUGAGCCUCACUUACAGACUCUUCACAUAAUACCGUACGAGUUUAGCUUCAGGUACCUUUUCCAGACAUGAAUAAGGUUAGCCCAAGCCAAGUCUUGUCGAGAUUUUAGCAGUUGUUGAGGUUGAAUUUUCCUCUGCACAGAUAUAGAUAUAUUGAAACAAUUGAAUAGUCUUUUCAGUCUACCUGGAAUGUUUCUAGAAGGGGUGUUUGGGGAUGUAAACGUUUCAUUAUUUUGAUUCAUUUUUUCAAAAGAGUGCAUAUAUAGAAAAUCCACUCCAUUUUCCAGGCAA